CAUUGUAGUCUUUGCCUCCAUGCUUGUCAUAAGCUAGGCAUUCCGUCCUGACAUCGUGCAUUUGGCAGUCACUGAUGCAAGCCUGAUACAAAUUUUGCUAGGUCUAUUACUUCAUUAUUACAUACGUUGCAAAUAUCUAUACAUUGUCUUUAAGUUAUGGCGACUCGGACAGAAAUAUUUCCAAUCAUUCACUUGCGAGAGUCCCUUGCGGCCUAAGGGCCGCCCAGUGCACAAUGCAAAGUACAGUAUCCAAACGUUGGCUUUGGGGCAAAUAGAGACCUUUUAUUUGCAGUCAGAGGAUACGGUCAAGCAGGGCCUCGCUGCGUAAACAAGGCGUAGGAAGCCAUGCUGCGCGACCCAAUUACGCUUGGCUUGGCGACGGCAUCAACAUGGCUGGCGGUGGCGUCGGCAAUUAUACAGAUUCUAUGCCAUCUGCGCAAUUAUACCGAGCCUUUGUAUCAACGCUAUAUCAUUCGGAUUAUCUUCAUGGUUCCAUUUUAUGGGGUUACGUCAUGGCUUUCGCUCAUGUAUCGAGAGUCGUCCAUCUACUUUGACGUGCCACGCGACUGCUAUGAGGCGUGGGUGAUCUACAAUUUCCUAUCCCUGUGCAUGGCAUACGUGGGCGGGCCUGGUGCGGUGGUGGUGAAGUCCGAGGGCAAAUGCAUUCAGCCCUCCUGGAUGCUCAUGACGUGCUGCUGGCCCCCCAUUAAAGUCGAUGGCUUCCUGCUGCGAAAGUGCAAGCAGGGGACGUUGCAGUUUGUCAUUGCCAAGCCAAUCCUGGCUUCAAUGACGCUCAUUCUCUUCGCGGGUGGCAUGUACGAAGAUGGCGACUGGAGUCUGACGGGCGGGUACUUGUACAUCUCCAUCAUCUACAACACUUGCUACACCAUUGCAUUGUACUACCUCCUCAUUUUCUACGUCGGCUGUGAGGAACUGCUCGAGCCGUACCGACCGCUGAUGAAGCUGAUCCUCAUCAAGGCGGUUAUCUUCCUGACGUUCUGGCAGAGUAUCGCCAUCUCGAUGUUCGCCUCCAAGUUCACGGACCCGACGGAUGCAGCGGCGCUGCAGGACUGGAUGGUGUGCUUGGAGAUGCUCAUGUCGGCCUGCAUGAUGUGGGCCGCCUUCCCGCACACCGAGUACAAGAUGGGUGGGCAGACCACGGGCUGGCGCUUGACGGCGUUCCUGCACGCAAUCAGCCUGCAGGAUGUGUACAGCGACAUCAUGCACCAGUUUAACCCGAACUACAAGACCUACGUAUUGUACAGCGACGGCGGGCCUUCGGAGAAUGUCAAGCGGAAAAAGUUCCGCGCGGGAGGCAAGAAGCAGACCCGUAAACGGCUCAGCUCAUCAGGGGAGCUGGCGGCCAUGGAGGAGGGCGGGAGACCUAGAGGGGCCCACCGGGCACAACGGACCAACAGCAGCGGCGGGCGAGCACCUGGUAGGCCAGGGUGA